CAUUUUUUUUUUCGGAGAGGAUACAGUAGCGCACGUACUUGCCUUGUAGAAAUAGUUUGUGUACCUUCAAAUAAGCGAUUGCAGCCGAUCAUCAUUUACCAAUUUCGAGAGUGGCAUUCCACAUCUACAAUACGCCUCUUUGAUCGUAACCAACUUCCGAAUUUCGACCAGACCGGAGUGGGUGACAGUGGCAUUACUUGUCAAACAAACAAACAAAAUAGUUAAUUUGGAUGCAUUCUGUGUUUCACCACGCUUGUUUUAGGUGCAACAUGUCGCAAUUGAAUUAGUAAAAUUACCCGUCAUAACCUGUAGGUACUUCGCUAUUUACAUCAUCAUUACAAAGCCCUGGAUUAUGUCAUGGAUGCUCUUCUCAUGUUGAGGUUGCUUAUGCAUCAAAAACAUAGUGACAGCAGUUGAACAGUUUAUAUGAACUGCUUCUGUAUAAUACUGUAGAAGAAAGUUAAUUAUUUUGGAAAAUGGACAUAAAUGGUGUACAAGAAGUUUCACCUUCGAGCGAGCCAGAUUUCUUUUCUUCACCAGGCCCAUCAAGUAGGUCACCUAAUUUCCAACUUCAGUCAUCUGGCGGAUAUAAAUUCUUUUCACCAAUUUUAUGUAGACCUGUAUUCUUCCACCAGUCACCAGACACUGUUGCUUUGAAGGAGAAACCGUAUAAGUGUGGCAUAUGUCACAAAAUAUUUGUACAACUUAAUAGUUUGAAAACACACCUACUUCAUCACAAAGGACAGAAGGAGUAUAUAUGUACAGUGUGUGGAAAAUCUUUUGCUGUACAAGGAAAUUUGAAGACACAUCAACUUAUACACACUGGCGAGAAGCCGCAUAAAUGUGGAAUUUGCAAAAAAGGGUUCACAGUUCGCAGCAAUUUGAGAGCCCAUGAACUUAUUCAUACUGGACAAAAACCACAUGUCUGUAGGGAUUGUGGGAAAGCUUUCUGUGCCCUAAGUAAUCUUAGGACACAUGAGCGUAUUCAUACCGGUGAGAAACCCUAUGUCUGUGAUACAUGUGGUAAAGGAUUUACAGCUCACAGCAAUUUGAAAACGCAUGAGUACAUCCACACAGGUGAAAAGCCUCAUGUGUGUCAUAUUUGUGGCAAAGCGUUUUCAAUUUAUGGAAAUUUAAAAGCCCAUAAACAUCUUCAUACUGAUCAGAAACCGUUUGAAUGUGGGUUUUGUGGGAAAGGCUUCACACGGCGAGAUAUCCUUAACCAGCAUGCACUAGUGCAUAAUGAUAAGAAGGCCGAAAAUGAAGCAUUAACUCUAACAUUUGUUGAAACAAAACCACUACUGAAUAUUACUGAUUCAGCGUAAAAUUAAUAAAAAAUUGUGUUCCUGGAAAAGAAAUUGCUAAAGCAUUUGUUAUUGGCCAACACACUGUGUCAGAUAUUAAUAAACAAAAAUAAUUUAUAGAGACAUUUGCUUUAAAAUUCAAUGUGGGUAGUGAUAAAAGCAGUGUGUCAAAAAGAUAUUAAAAAGCCAAAAGAAGUGUUGCUGGAAGAUGCCUUAAUGAAGUGGUAUUUACAGCAAAGGUGGAGUGGCAUUGGUGUGCAUUUGUGUCGAGCUAAUGGCAGCAACAAGUCUGUAAGGCAUUUGAAGUUGCACAAUUUUACUUGCAGUUCAGGAUGGCUGUGGCAAUUUAGACAAAGGCACAGUAUCACUAAUAGAAAUAGCUGGAGUGGUGAUGAUGAAUGUGUUGAGCCAUUGAGUGGUCUAUGAGAAAAUACACAAGCCUCUCAUAGACAAGAAAAUAAUCAAGAUUGGCUUCAGCUGGAUGAAGGAAACACUGGAUAUCAGUUUCUGACAGAGGAAGAAAUUGCUGCAGAUGUUAUUAAGGAUUCUUCUAUGGAAGAAGAUUCAGAUAAAGAGCUAGAUGAACUACAGGAAUCUACAAUUAAGAAUAAACUUCUGAGCUCCACAAGAAAUGGCAUUGAUACAGCAAGUCAGAAAUUGCAGGAGUAUUAUGCACACCUAAGAACUGUGAGGGAUAUCCUAAGUAAAGAACAGCAGCAGAGGUAUGUUCAGACAGAACUUGACAGUUCUUUCAAAUCUGCAUAAGUACGAGUACAUUCAAAAAGAAGUACAACUUCUUAGUCUAUGAUCGAUGAAUAAAUGUAUUGCUUUUAUAGUUUUUAAAUAAAGGCUCCAUAGUGAUAUAUUUUAUUUGUUUUCACGAGUACUACUUGUAUUAUUAAAUCUUCCAUUUAUC